GGCCUCGCUGGCGGCAGCGGCGGCGGUUGGAGGGAGGCCGCAGUGGCAGGACACGAGCGCUGCGGCAGCCCCGGGAGCUCCAUGGUGCGGGGCGCUCGCCGGGCCGCAGGAGGAGCCCGAAGCGCGCGCCGCUGCGCGCGCCGCCAUGGGGUCGCUGUUCCGGAGCGAGCCCAUGUGUCUGGCACAGCUCUUCCUGCAGGCGGGCACGGCCUACGAGUGCCUCAGCGCGCUGGGCGAGCGCGGCCUGGUGCAGUUCCGAGACCUCAACCAGAAUGUAAGUUCUUUUCAAAGAAAAUUUGUUGGUGAGGUGAAGAGAUGUGAAGAACUUGAACGGAUAUUGGUGUACCUGGCACAGGAAAUCACUAAGGCGGAUAUUCCCCUGUCUGAGGGAGAGGUCAGCCCUCUUGCGCCGCCUCUGAAGCAGGUUCUAGAAAUGCAGGAGCAGCUGCAGAAGCUGGAGGUGGAACUUCGGGAAGUCACCAAGAACAAGGAGAAACUGAGGAAGAACCUGCUGGAGCUGAUCGAGUACACGCACAUGCUGAGGGUGACCAGGACCUUCGUGAAGCGGAACAUGGAGUUCGAACCCACUUACGAAGAAUUCCCUUCCUUGGAGAACGAGUGUUUGUUGGACUACAGCUAUAUGCAGAGGCUGGGCGCAAAGCUGGGGUUUGUGUCCGGCCUCAUUCAGCAAGGCAAGGUGGAAGCGUUCGAGAGGAUGCUGUGGCGUGUCUGCAAAGGGUACACGAUCGUGACCUACGCGGAGCUGGACGAGUCCCUGGAGGACCCUGAAACGGGGGAGAUCAUAAAGUGGUACGUGUUCCUGAUCUCCUUUUGGGGAGAGCAGAUUGGCCAGAAGGUGAAGAAGAUCUGCGACUGUUACCACUGCCACGUGUACCCCUACCCCAGCACUGCCGAGGAGCGCAAGGAGAUACAGGAGGGACUCAGCACCCGCAUCCAGGACCUCUACACUGUGCUGCACAGGACUGAGGACUACCUGAGGCAGGUGCUGUGCAAGGCCGCGGAGUCCGUGUCCAGCCGCGCUGUGCAGGUGAGGAAGAUGAAAGCCAUCUACCACACGCUCAACAUGUGCAGCUUCGACGUCACCAACAAGUGCCUCAUCGCUGAGGUCUGGUGUCCUGAGGCCGACCUGCACGAGCUGCGCCGCGCGCUGGAAGAAGGCUCGCGGGAGAGCGGGGCGGCGAUGCCGUCCUUCCUGAACACCAUCUCCACCAAGGAGACGCCGCCCACGCUCAUCCGCACCAACCGCUUCACUGAGGGCUUCCAGAGCAUCGUGGACGCCUACGGCGUGGGCAGCUACCGCGAGGUGAACCCAGCCCUCUUCACCAUCAUCACCUUCCCGUUCCUGUUCGCGGUGAUGUUUGGAGACUUCGGCCACGGCUUCGUGAUGUUCCUGUUCGCCCUCCUGCUAGUGCUGAAGGAGGACCACCCCCGCCUGACCCAGUCCCAGGAGAUCCUGCGGAUGUUCUUCAACGGCCGCUACAUCCUGCUGCUCAUGGGCCUGUUCUCGGUGUACACGGGCCUCAUCUACAACGACUGCUUCUCCAAGUCGGUGAACCUCUUCGGCUCAGGCUGGAACGUGUCGGCCAUGUACAGUGCCGGCCCCGCCUCGGAGGAGCGCAGCGGGCUGGCGCUCUGGAACGCCAGCACUGUGCGGCACAGCCGGGUUCUGCAGCUUGACCCCAGUGUCCCCGGCGUGUUCCGGGGCCCUUACCCCUUCGGGAUCGACCCUAUCUGGAACUUGGCCACAAACCGCCUCACCUUCCUAAAUUCUUUCAAAAUGAAGAUGUCUGUGAUUUUAGGGAUUACUCACAUGACUUUCGGCGUCAUCCUGGGAAUAUUUAACCACAUGCACUUUCGGAAGAAGUUCAACAUCUACCUGGUGUCCAUCCCUGAGCUGCUCUUCAUGCUGUGCAUCUUCGGGUACCUCAUCUUCAUGAUCAUCUACAAGUGGCUGGCGUACUCGGCCGCCACCUCCAGGGAGGCGCCCAGCAUCCUCAUCGACUUCAUCAACAUGUUCCUGUUCCCCGCCAAUGAGGCCAGUGGCCUCUACCCGGGCCAGGCGUACGUCCAGAGAGUGCUGCUGGCCAUCACCGUGCUGUCCGUGCCCAUCCUCUUCUUGGGGAAACCGCUCUUCCUGCUGUGGCUGCAUCAUGGGCGUGGCUGUUUCGGGGUGAGCCGGAGCGGCUACACACUCGUGAGGAGAGACAGCGAGGAGGAAGUGUCUUUGCUGGGGAACCAGGACAUCGAGGAGGGAAGUAACCAGGAGGCCAGAUGCAGAGAAGUGACGUGCGAGGAGUUCAAUUUCGGAGAGAUCCUGAUGACGCAGGCGAUCCACUCCAUCGAGUACUGCCUGGGCUGCGUCUCUAACACCGCGUCCUACCUGCGGCUCUGGGCGCUCAGCCUAGCCCACGCGCAGCUGUCUGAUGUACUGUGGGCCAUGGUAAUGCGUGUGGGGCUCCGCGUGGACACCACCCUCGGGGUCCUGCUGCUCUUCCUGGUCAUCGCCGUCUUCACAGUUCUCACCGUUUUCAUCCUGCUGGUCAUGGAAGGGCUUUCUGCUUUUCUCCACGCCAUCCGCCUCCACUGGGUAGAGUUUCAGAACAAAUUCUACGUUGGCGCAGGCACCAAGUUUGUUCCUUUCUCGUUCAGUCUGCUGCUUUCGUCCAAGUUCAGCGACGACAACGGUGCAAUGUGACGUCCUCCUGUUGUCCCCGCCAGCGUGCAGAGUCAUGGAGAAUUAUCAUGUCGAGAAUUUCAGCCACGUCAGUUCACGAUAGGAACAGUUCUGUCUCCAUUGAUUGCCUUACAAUAUAACCAAAUGAUUCUGUAGGAUAUACCUCUUCCUCAUGUUAAAGACUUUGUAAACUUUA